UUCAUUAGGGAAAUAAUAAUUUAUUUUUUUAAUCUAAAUAGUAUCUUAGCAGAAAGAAUUAAACUACAUGUUAUUUAUCAAAAUGUAAUAAAGUUAUCUAAAAUUCUAUCUACAUGCACUAUAUAAUUUUGAUGAAUCCAAUGAUGACAGAUUGAGAGACAGAUCUCACAUAUCCCCUCGAGACAUUUUCGAAAGCAGGUCAGAAACAAAGGUGUACCCACGAAAGUGGUGGGGGCAUUAAAUGCAUGUUGGAUACUGUGUAUAUAGAGAUCACAUUAUUACGUAUCUUGGUAGUUCACUCCUCAAUUUCAAUAAGUUCACAUCCCUUUGUCAAUUGACUGACAAUGGAGUUUCUUCAAUUUUUUACUGUUGCUAUUCUUUUGUUAAGUAUAACAUCAGUGAAAACAUAUUCUAUUCCAUAUGAAACCAUUCAGCAAGCGUUUUCCAGUAGCCCAAAAUUAAUAUACACAUCUGAAUCUAAUCCUGCUUUUAGUGGAUAUUCAUAUACAACACAGAAUUUUAAUGGUGGUGAAAGUAAUGUUAUUUUUACAACUGGUGCUGAUUCUGUGAGUAGAUUGAAGGAUGAAAUAAACUCGAUGAAAAUGUCAGAAAAAUAUUCACAAAAAAAUAUAAUGAAUGAAAAAGAAAAAAAUAUGAUAUCUUCAGAACAAUCUAAAUCUAUAGAAAACGAAAUAAGCAAGAACAAGCAAGAUAUUGAAAUUCUUAAUGAAGGAAAAAAAUACUUCAAAAAAAUACCUGAAGCAAGUAAUCUUAUUAAAGAUCAGACAAAGCCUCAGCGAAUCUCUUUUGUGGAUGUAUCAUAUCCUGUACUUAGAGAAAAUUUAUUAAACUUAAACUUUCCAGUAUUUUCAAGAUACCAGAUACUGUCAAAUAUAAUACAAGGCCAAUAUAAUCCCUAUGCUCACUUAGAACUACCUUUACAUAAUUUUGGUUUUUAUAAUCCCACUGCGCCCUUGUUUUACCAAGCAGCAGCAAUCGCAAUUCCCGAUAAUAAUUUCAAGGUAGCAUCAGCAGCUGUUGAAAAUGUUAAAACUUCUAUAGAACCUAACAUCACUGAAAGUUCACAAACAAAUGCUACUAGCUCGGAAUCUAAUUUAAUAAAAUCUAACAUAAAAUCAAGAUUCAAUUUAGAAUCAACAGCAAAUGUUGAAAAAAUGAAGCAGUCAGAUGCUUCCAUGAACAAAUUGGAAUCGAUGAUUAUAUCUGAAAACACUGAAAAAGAAAUUACAAGUAGCAAAUCUGUGGUAACAUCUCAGUCUUCUAUUGAGCAAUUUACAAAUAACAAAGAAAAUAACAUUGAAUUUUCAAGUACAGAAACAAGUUCCUUGACAGAAAAAUCAAGUACUGCAACUGAGAAAUGUAUAAAAUGUAUGGAACAUCCCAAUUGAAAUAUAAAUCUAUAUAUAUUACAUUCUAUCUUUUGUAUUACAUUAAUAAUAAUAAAAGAACUUUAAUAAAAUGUGGUAAAAUCUAUUGCAAUUGUAAA